AAAAAAUAAAAAAAAAAUCAUAGAACAGAGCAGAGCACUUUCGAGAGGUGACGAAAGUCGACAUGGCACACGCAUUUCCCCCUCUUUCCUUAGGUAUGCGGCUCCAGAUUCGUCCUCCGAACCACGGCGACGUGCCCUCCUUCGUUUUUCUUCGUGAAGUGUAGGCUUACGCGAAGCCGCGGCACCAACACAGGAAGUGAGGGAACUCCGCGAGUAUAUAUAAGCCAAGAGGUACCCGGGGCACCUUCGCACUUUAACGUUUCACCCUGGCCAAUCGAGAUUUCAUCCUUCCAUCGCUAUGGAUACAGUCGUGCGGAAGAUGGUCGCAGUAAUGGCGCUUUGCGUUUCUCUGAGCCGAUGUGAGCCACUAGCCUUAAGCAACCAGUACGGCGUGCCAGGAAAUUUCGUGGGUAACGCGCCACAAGGAAACCAGUACCAGCAGCAGCAAACCGUAACGAACAGCUACGGUGCACCAUUGGCUGAUGGCCACGGACACGACGAGCACCAGGACUACAUUGAUAGUCAGCCAAAGUCCUAUGAAUUCGGCUACGCGGUACGAGAUGCGGCGAGUGGCAACGACUUUGGCAGGCGCGAGACAAGCGACGGCGAGACCGUCCGGGGCGAGUACAGGGUCCAGCUGCCGGACGGUCGUACGCAAAUCGUCACCUACACCGCUGAUUGGCGAACUGGAUUCCAUGCUGACGUGCGGUACGAGGGUGUCGCCCAGUUCCCAGAUCAGUACAACACUGGCAACCAGGGUUAUAAUAACAAUGCUAACAAUGCCAACAAUAAUGCAGCAUACGAUUAUGUUGGCAACAAUAUAGACUCAGCGUACAACAAUGUAGCAGGCAAUCGUGGCGGAUACAACAAUUACCAGAGUGCCGCUAACAACUAUAACUCGGGAUCCAAUUACAAUUAUCAAUACGGUUCGAACUCCGUAGACAGUGGCUAUUCUAGUGGAAACUCCUUUGGACCAUCGGUUUCACCACCACCUUCACCACCCCAACCGACUUACGGUGUACCCUUUCACUGAGGGUCACCUAGUGUUCUAGUGAACCUGUGUGUACGAUUACCGUGUUUAAUUCUAGUGACUUUCUUUCCUCGGACUUACACUCGAAUGAACGUAAUUCGUUAAUCAACUAAGAGCUUAUAUUCUCUUAUUUAAGUUCCAAUAUUAAUUUAAU